AUGGCCCCAGCCUGUGGGAACAUCCUCUCGACAUGUCGCGAGAAGGCGUUCCCUUUGAAUGGGAAGCCGGAUGUUAGCCCAAGUUGGUUUCUAGCUGGUUCUUACGCUGAAGAUGUAGAUGAGCUCGAUCAUGAUAGCAGCCCCUUCUCAACUGUCGAGAAGGUGCGAUCAGAUAGAAAACGUGAGCUGACCGAGGACGACUGCUAUGAUAAACUCGGAUUCAGCUUUGCCUGGUAUAAGCGCUGGAUGAUUCUCACCGUCAUCUUCACCGUGCGAGUGUCUCUAUGA